GCCACAGAGGCGCUAGGAAAAUCACGGAGCUGGGACCUUACCACCUCUCUCUCUCACUCCCUUUCUCCCCCUCUCUCUCUCUCUCUCUCUCUCACUCACUCACUGGCCGUCAGCGGACUCCUUUCUCUGCACACGUCUUUCUCUGAAAUGUGUGUGUGCGUGAAAGAGAGAGGAGGAAUAAAGUGUGUGCGCGCGCGCGAGGGUGCAUGUCCGGAGCAAGUAAAGGCAGGGGGAUUAUUCGGCGCUAUCGAAAUAUUUCAACACGUCGCCCGUCGCUGCAGGACUGAAGCCAAUAAGAAGGAACGCUUUUUAACGGGAAUGCCGAUAUUGUAAACAGCAGCAGAAGAGAAAGAAUGCACUGCAGUCAAUUAAGUGACUCACCCAAGUUGGUUUAAUUCGACUAAUGUCCGCGAGCCAGCGAGACACGGAAAGGUGUCCGGUGCGCGUCGACCUCUGAAGAAAAUCGGUCUCGCAGCACUUUUCCAGAAUUAUGGAGAACAUUUUUACAUUUCUGCCUCCAGACUUUUAAACAUAACGCACCAAGAGACUUGAGAGAUUCGCCGACAAUUCGUGAAAAAGCGGUCAUUUUUUUCUGCAUAGCUGAAGUAGGAGUUUCCGAAGCUUUCCGACUUCAGAUUCAUUUUUUCAUCUUUUUUUUUUUGUUGGUCUUCAUCGAACUGCUGGUAAACAACAACAAAAAAGAACAUCUCGUUUCGCAUCAACCCAGUCGUCUCCAGUUGUUGCCUGCACUUGGAUGAACUUCCUGAUGAGAGAUCCAGUCCUACAGGGAUCGAGUAUGGCAUAUCAUCCGUUUUUACCUCACCGGGGUCCGGAAUUUGCCAUGAGCGCGAUGCUGGGUCACCAGCCUCCUUUCUUCCCGGCCCUGGCGCUCCCUCACAGCGGCUCCCUGUCUCUGCCGGGCGCCCUGGGGAAGCCGAUCAUGGACCAGCUGAUGGGAGCCGCGGAGAGCGGGCUCCACUUCUCGUCGCUGGGGCACCAGGCUGCCGCCGCCCACCUCAGGCCUCUGAAGACCCUGGAGCCCGAGGAGGAGGUGGAAGACGAUCCGAAAGUUCACCUGGAAGCCAAGGAGCUCUGGGAACUCUUCCACAAGAGGGGCACCGAGAUGGUGAUCACCAAAUCCGGAAGGCGGAUGUUCCCCCCGUUCAAAGUGAGGUGCACUGGUCUGGACAAAAAGGCCAAAUACAUUCUCUUGAUGGAUAUUGUUGCAGCCGACGACUGUAGAUACAAAUUUCAUAACUCCCGCUGGAUGGUGGCAGGGAAAGCCGACCCCGAAAUGCCAAAGAGGAUGUACAUUCACCCGGACAGUCCGGCUACUGGUGAACAGUGGAUGUCAAAAGUCGUCAAUUUUCACAAACUCAAGCUGACAAAUAACAUCUCCGACAAGCAUGGAUUUGUAAGUUCAACUAAUACCAUUCUUAACUCGAUGCACAAAUAUCAGCCUCGAUUUCACAUCGUGAGGGCCAACGAUAUUCUCAAACUCCCGUACAGUACCUUCAGGACUUACGUUUUUCCUGAAACGGAUUUCAUUGCGGUGACCGCUUAUCAAAACGACAAGAUAACCCAGCUGAAAAUUGACCAUAAUCCCUUUGCUAAAGGAUUCCGUGACACGGGCAACGGAAGACGGGAAAAGAGGAAACAGCUGGCUCUUCAGUCCAUGCGCUCGUACGAGGAGCAUCAGAAAAAGGAGACCGGGGCUUCAGACGACUCCUCCGGGGAGCAGGCUUCCUUCAAGUGCUUCGGCCAGGCCUCAUCCCCUGCCGUGUCUACCGCGGGCCCCCCGCACAUGAAAGAUUUCUGCGACAGCGACGAGGAGAGCGACGACGAGAGCAAAGACGGUCACACCAAAGAUGGCCCGGACUCAAGCAAGAUUUCCACCACCACCAAGGACGGGAAGGAUCACGAGGCGAGCCCCGCCAAGGGCCACCCUCUCAACGGCACUGACUCUAGCAGCAGGACCCGCGAAAGCGGUCCACGGACUGAGAAAAGCCAGGCAGACUCACGACAGAGCCCCGUCACCGUCAUCUCCAGCACCACUCGCUCCGGAGAAGACCUCAAGAGUCCGAGCCUGGAGCAUCCCAAAGCGGACGAGUGCAGGUCGAUAAGCAAAGACGGUUUCAUGCCUUUGACAGUUCAGACUGACAGCCCGCACAUAGGCCACGGACACAUGCCUAAUUUUGGAUUUCCAUCGGGCCUCACGGGACAACAGUUUUUCAAUCACAUCGGGAGCGCGCAUCCGUUUCUCUUGCACCCCGGUCAGUUCAACAUGGGAGGCGCGUUCUCAAACAUGGCCGCGGGCAUGGGGCCCCUGUUGGCAGCCGUGUCCACGGGAGGCGUGAGCACCAUGGACACCACUAGCAUGGCAUCGCCUUCGCAGAGCUUUACGGGAGCGCCAGGCCUGCCGUUUCAUCUGCAGCAACAUGUCUUGGCAUCGCAGGGCCUCGCCAUGUCUCCGUUCGGAAGUUUGUUCCCUUACCCGUACACGUACAUGGCCGCCGCGGCGGCAGCCUCCUCCGCCGCCGCGGCCUCCUCCGCGGCGCACCGGCACCCUUUCCUGAACGCGGUGCGCCCCCGACUCAGGUACAGCCCUUACUCCCUCCCCAUGACGGUACCGGACAGCACCUUGCUCACCACCGCGAUGCCCCCCAUGGCCGGCGGCGGCGGGACCGAGCUGAAGGGAGACGGCGUCCUCCCGGCCAGCCCGCCGUCCGGGGUCACCUUGGAUUCCACGUCGGAGGUGACCAGCCACUCGUCCUCCACCACCGUGUCCUCCGGCUCGGUCCCCAUGUCGCCAAAGACUUGCCCGGAGAAAGACGCCGCGAACGAGCUGCAGAGCAUCCAGCGGCUGGUCAGCGGGCUGGACUCGAGUCGGGACAGGGCGCGCAGCGGGUCUCCCUGAGAGGGGGGAGGAGGAGGAG